AAUAUAUUCCUUCCGUUGCGGUAGAUAGUACCAGCAUACACAUGGGAUAACUAUCACUGCGGGAUGGAUAGGCCAGUAACGCCCGAUACCCAGGUCAAUGGCACCUCAACGCCUGCCACUCCUAAGUUCUCCGGCCUGGCUCUGACCGAGUAUACCGCCAACCCCUCCCCCCCCUCUGAGUCUCCGAAGACAAAGGCUCAAAAGAGCAUUCCAGACGCCUUCAUACUACCGAACGGGCAUCCCGAUUACCUUCGUCUCAUCCUCACCUCGAAAGUCUAUGAGAUUGUGAAGACCGAAACCCCUCUUACAACAGCAUUGAAUUUGAGCAACAGACUUCAAUGCAAUGUACUGCUCAAGCGUGAAGACUUGCAGCCCGUGUUCAGCUUCAAGCUGCGCGGUGCGUACAACAAGAUGGCUCACUUACCGCCACGCGAACGGUGGAAAGGCGUCGUGGCAUGCUCAGCCGGAAAUCAUGCGCAAGGUGUUGCCAUGUCUGCCCGCCACCUGAAGAUCCCAGCGACUAUCGUGAUGCCCGCGGGGACCCCUACCAUUAAACAUCUGAAUGUCGCUCGACUUGGAGGGUGUGUAGUCCUUCACGGGGCAGACUUUGACGCAGCAAAAGAAGAGGCAGCGCGUCUCGAACGUACACACGGUCUCUUGAACAUCCCACCAUUCGACGAUCCGUACGUGAUAGCCGGACAAGGCACAAUAGGCAUGGAGCUGUUACGGCAAACAGACCUGACGAAACUGGAGGCAAUAUUCUGCUGCAUUGGUGGUGGCGGUCUCAUUUCGGGCAUAGGGGCCUACGUGAAGCGCAUCGCACCGCAGGUGAAGAUCAUUGGCGUCGAGACCUAUGAUGCCAAUGCCAUGGUAUCAUCACUUCAAAAAGGCGAACGGGUAGUACUAGAAGAGGUCGGUAUGUUUGCCGAUGGAGCUGCUGUCAAAACCGUUGGGGAAGAGACGUUUCGCAUUGCGUCCGAAGUGGUCGACGACAUCAUCCUGGUCGAUACCGACCAAACCUGUGCUGCGAUCAAGGACGUAUUCGAGGAUACUCGCAGCAUCCUAGAACCGGCCGGUGCACUGGCGAUAGCCGGGCUCAAGAAGUAUGUGGCGAACAAUCCUUCGCCGGACACUAGUAGAUCAUUGGUGGCGAUCGCGUCGGGUGCCAACAUGGAUUUCGACCGGUUGAGAUUCGUCGCCGAGCGCGCCAAGUUGGGCGAAAAGAAGGAGGCGCUCCUUGCAGUCACCAUUCCAGAACGGCCCGGAUCGUUUGCAAAGCUUGUGGACUGCGUUGGCCCUGAGACGAUUAUCUCCGAGUUUCGCUACCGAUUCUCCACCCCAGCCGAAGCUCACGUUCUCAUGGGGGUUGAGUUUGGCUCUUCCGCUGAAGCUCGAGAAUCAGACCUGGGAGCCCUGCUUCAACGCAUAGCCGCUGCCGACAUGACCGCUCGGGACUGUUCUACAAACGAGCUGGCCAAAUCACACAUUCGCUACUUGGUUGGCGGUCGUUCAGGAGUCGUGGAUGAGAGGUUAUACAUGUUCCAAUUCCCCGAGCGUCGCGGAGCGCUGCAUAAAUUCCUUCAAACGCUCCAGCCAGGCUUCAAUAUCAGCCUUUUCCAUUAUCGAAACCAAGGUGGUGAUGUGGCUCAGAUCCUUGCAGGCGUGCAAUGUCCGUCUCCGGAAGACGACGGUUUGCAAAAGUUCCUGAAGGAAAUUCGAUAUCCAUUUGUGGAGGUCACCGAUGAUGAGAUAUACAGACUUUUCAUGCGGGACUGACUUAUUACAUCUGGCGCAGGAAAUUUUUCAUGAAUAGACAGGUACGGAAAUCUGUUAGGGAUGGACUUUUAUCCGGAACAGGUCCGGUUCUCGGUCAGAUAAUUUUCUGGCUUGCAAUCAAAUCCUUUGAAGAGGCAUAGAAUAGAGUUCAUCCAAGUAACCUCACG